AUGGACUUGAAAGUGUGCAGAGUAUGCCUUGAAAUGAAAAUGAAUCUUCUUAACUUGCACGCAAAUCCAUUAGAACAUUAUUACGAAUUGCUUACAGGGACUGAUCCUCUACAAGAACUCAAGAUGCCAAGAUUUGCGUGCAAUUGGUGUGCAGCAUUGUUAAAAAAGUAUUUCCUAUUUCGACAAAGGACCUUAGCAGCUCAAGGUGUGCUUCAAGGACUUUUACUUGAAAAUGCAAAGAUAACCGAGAAUGAUAUAAAACAUAGCAAUUCCUAUCUAAACGCAGGUCUUGCCUCAACACAUAAUGUAGUUAAUAUAGCUAUAAGUCCAAUACAAAAUGUCGCCAGUGAUAUUCUUGAACAGGACUCAAUUAUUAUGGUAGAAGAAAAAUUGGUAAACAAAAAAAAUAUAAAGAUGCUAGUGUAUAUAGAAGAUACUAAUAGAAAGGAUAACAAUCUAAUAAAGAAAGAAAUUAGUUUAAGUCCAUCAUUAGAUUUACCAGAACCAUCUAUGAGACUAGAAAUAAAAUGUGAAAGUCCUGUUCAAAGUAUGGAAAUUGCUGAUGAUGUGCAGUUAUUAACGAAAACUGAAAAUGGGUUUGAUGGAGAGCUAGAUGAUAUAUUUAGUGAUGAAAGUAGUUCUUGGAGUAGUAAAGUCAGGAAAAGCAGAGUAAAGACAAAAUCGGACACAACUAAAAUCUUAAAAGGAAGUGGGAGAACUCGAAGGAAACAAACAGUGAAAGUGAAACCUACAUUUCAUGACAAGGAGUUAGAAGAUUUUGUUAUUUUCAUUUAUUUAACAAAGGAAGAACAAAUGGAAGAACUGGAAAAACGACGGGAGUCGGAAGAGUUUCGACUGUCGCAGUACAAAUGUAAUAAAUGCUGUAAGACAUUCCUAAACCAGGCCACGGCACUGAAGCAUGCUGGAAAACAUGAAGAGUCUCACGGUUCUUUGGAGUGUGAAAUUUGCAAAUUGCGCUUCAAAACUCGGCGGAAAUUUGGUCAGCAUUACUCAAUGCACCCAAGGCGUUAUGUCUGCAGAAGCUGUCCCCGCGUCUUGAGCUCACUAUAUCAGGCACGUCUUCACGUCCGCUACCAUCAAGGUGUCAAAUAUAAAUGUCCGCACUGUGACGAAGAACAUGUUAAUAAAUCCACUUAUCUGAACCAUUUACGAAGUAAGCACCCGGCUGACUUCACUUGCGAGUUGUGCGGUUCUGCGUUCGUCACACAACACGGCCUUAACAGGCACAAGAAAGCUAAACACUCUGAGGGAGCGAGCCAAGUGGAAAGUGCCAAGGAGGCACGGCACUGCGAGCUGUGUAACAUAAAGUUCGCAAAUACGAAAGCGUAUGAACGACACAAAAUCACGUCUCAAAAGCACGCUGACAUGGCUAGGGAAUUCUGUUGUCUGGAGUGUGGUGAAGUAUUCCGAUCGAAGGAAGAAAGACGUGAUCAUGCGCGGCUGAAGCAUACAAAACGAGAUCUUAAGCUGGGGCCCGAUGAUCGCUCUUGGCCUAUACAAUGCCCACAUUGCCCAGAAAAGAUCCCGAAUGCCAUGGCAAACUGGUCCCACUACAAAAAACAUCACCCUGACAAAAAGUACCCCGUUAGAGACAAUCAUGUUUGCCAACUUUGCGGAAAGGGAUAUGCGACGAAAUCCGGCCUCGAAUCCCAUAAGGACAGUCACAGUAACGAAGGUCUACACAAGUGCGGGGUGUGCGGCAAAGGGUUCCGCCACCGAGAUGGCAUGAGGAAACACCAGAAGAGCGUGCAUUCAGAACUUCGUCCGCACAUGUGCUCGCUCUGUGGAAGAACCUUCAAAUUAAACAGCGCCCUCGUAAAACACCAACGGACUCACACCGGCGAGAGGCCUUACAAAUGUGAUGAAUGUGGAAAAGGAUUCGGCUUCAGCACCACACGUAAUAUUCACUAUCGAACGGUCCACCUCAAACUACCCAAUCCCUAUGGUGAACGCGCUCGGAAGAAAAAACAACACCUCAGUACUGAGAAAUAA